GGGAUGAUGCUUAAAAAUGAUGGUAAUAUUUCCUUUUCCAACACUCAAUUUAGCGAAGGCAAGUCUUGAUUGUUUGCCGGGUGCUUAGCUGUCGUUAAUAUUUCAAGCACUUCUGCUAUAUAUUUAGUAUGUUCGAAGCUUUUCCCAAUUGAAACACGAGCUUAAGAAAUGUGAAACAUUUUAUAUUGACGGGGAUGAACCCAAUAAUAAUAGUAUAACAACUCUUGAUAAGAGUGAAAAUGGAUAUUUUUCUAUGGAUCUCAACGAAAAUGGCCAUUCCAGAGAAGCAGCUCUUGUUCACGCUGGAAGCCUUCCAAACCUUUCAGAAAACAUAAAAGAUGAUGCCAUAUCUCAGGAAACUACUACCCAAGUUCUUGAAACAGUCCACCACACUCCUGUAAUAACAACAUCACCGCCACCUCGAAAGCCGUCUCGGCCUAAUAAAGGGCCCGUUAGUAGAAAAAGAGUGACCAAGAAUGGGAAGAAAGUUCAGGACGGAGUUUAUUCAAAAGGGGAUCUCAGCAGCCCACCAAACAAACGAUUAGAAAUUGCCUGGAUUCAUGGCUACCAUGGAUUAGAUCCGGGCCGCAACCUGUUUAUCCUGGCAACUGGAGAACUGGCGUAUUAUGUUGGUGCAGUUGCUGUCCUACAUCACUACACUAACGCCACUCAAAGGCAUUAUAUGGGUCAUACAGAAGACAUUUUAUGCAUGGCUCUUCAUACGCACGAUGACGUGUUAGCAACCGGGCAAGGAUCUGGAAUCGAUAACAAAUCACAGGGUAAUGUGAUGAUGAUAUUGGAAGGACUGCAGGACACGUCAUUAUCGUUGUGGGACUGGCAAAGUGAUUCUGAAGUCACUCGUAUUUCAACUGGGCAGUCUUUACUUGGUGGCGGAUUUCAUCCAUUAGAAGAAGAGAUAAUUGUUACCUACGGAAGGCAGCACCUUGCAUUUUGGAUGAAGGACACUAAUGGUGUGCUCAACAGACAGGAUCCUUUAUCUGCCGGUCGUUCAGGAACCAGUUUCCUAUCAAUGGAGUUUCUUUCGGACGGCAGAUUGGUCACAGGAAAUUCUCGAGGGUUUAUUACCUUGUGGGCUCCAAGUGAAGAAUCGGGAAAAGUGUUUUUCAUUCAAAAAGAAUUCAAAGCUCAUGAGGGUGAGGUAACGGCUCUUCUUUCACUGCCAGAGAAUGUUUUAGUGUCCGGUAGUAGUUCUCCAGAAGAAGAAGGUGAAAUUCGUGUAUGGGACACUGCGAAAAAGUUUGCCAGUCUUGCAUCUGCUGUUCUUCCAACAGGAUCGGGUGGUGUUACGUCAUUGUGUCCACAAAAAACAGUUACCAAUGAAUGGGAAAUUUUUGUUGGAACUAACAAAAAUGUCAUUCUAGAGGGAUCUGUAAUGUGGGCUUUAAAUCCGGUUGUACAUGGUCAUUGUGACGAUGUAAGAGCUUUGGCGACACAUCCUGAUAAACCAUGUUUCGUAACUGCUGGUCUUGAUCGCUACAUAUGUCGGUGGGAAAUUAAUAGUCUUGUCUGGAAAGUUCAAAGUGAUAGUGAGUGCUAUUCGGCAACGAUUCAUCCUCAUGGCAGCAUUGUUGCAGUUGGAGAUGAGCAUGGUGAUAUAACAUUUUUGAACAUGGAGGAUGGUCUUCAUGUUACCACAUUGCCAGUAACAAACAGCCCCGUCUACACACUAAAAUAUUCUCCUGAUGGUGAUACACUUGCAGUUGGAUGCGCUGAUGGAAACAUAUACCUGUUUCAAACCCACAGCAAUGGUUACAUGUACAAAAUAGACUUCCUGCUGCCAGGAAGUGUUCCAAUUUUAAUGCUUGACUGGUCAGUUGAUGGGCAAUAUGUACAGGCAGUGUUUACUGAUAAUGAUUAUCAUGACAUUGUAUUUUGGGACUUAAAACGAAAAGAAAAACUGCAUAGCGCAACGCAACUACGAGAUCUUGAAUGGUAUAAGCCAAAUUGCACUUUAGGAUAUAAAAUAAAUGGAAUGUGGAACAAUAAACACAUACCUGAUGCAGUGCAUGUAAGCUGUCACGUAUCGAACAACAAACAACAGCUAGCUGCAGGUGAUAAAAAUGGAUAUAUUCGACUCUUCCGUUACCCAAGUGUCAGUGACAAGGCUGCCUAUUACGAGGAGAAGCAAUGCAGCACAGACGUCAACGCAAUACAGUUUUUUCAUGAUGAUUCGUACUUGACUUCAACAGGUGGUCCAGAUGGAGCCAUUUUUGUGUGGAAGCUAAUGCCUUCUAAUAUGGCUUAAAACUCGAAAGACUAGUUGCCAAUUCCUUGGAGAGAAAUGCUGAUUUUGUUAAAUAA